CUCGCUCAGUAUCGAGGAUUUGUACGGCGCAAGUGGUACCGAGCAAGUCUCUCUCAUUGCGCGGCUGAGGUAACGGACGAGCGGGUGACUCGCAUUCGCAGAGAUUCCCAGCAACGUCGAAUGGGAUAAACGCGGAGGGCCGCGUCGUUUCGCAGGGUCUGCUAAGGUUGUGGGAAAGCCGCGGAGCGUCCGAUUCGCACCAUCGAUGGCAGAUCACGACAACAUCUACGACGACGAGGAGCUAGUUUCAGCCAACCCGAAUCAAAGGAACUGGCGCGGGAUCCUGAUAGCGUUGCUCGUGAUCGUCGCGGUCCUAGCCCUGAUCGUCACAUCCGUUGCUCUGCUCACACCUCCCGAUGACGGCCCGAGGGUACGAGGAACGCGAUUGCGCCUCACCGAGGUGCUAUCGGGCGAGCUGUCUCCUUUAUUAUUCAAUGGAUCCUGGGCGCGCAACUACCACAUAUGCUACCGUGAUCCUUGGGGCGGCAUUUCCUUGUUGGACGCCAUAGACGCGAACGUCGUGUCCCGCAGUUUAAUGCCGAAUGAAACCUUCAGACGACUGAAUCCAGCAAAGUUCUCUCUGUCGCCGGAUAAGAAGUACUUGCUCCUUGCUCAAAACGUGAAGAAGCUGUUUCGCUACUCGUACUUAGCGCAAUACGUCAUUUACGACGUCAAUACACGGGAAUGCAUAGCAUUAACUCCUUAUCCUGAAAAGGAUGUUCAUCCGUACCUUCUGCUGGCACAAUGGACUCCGCGUGGCAACGGGAUCGUCAUGGUGCAAGACUACGAUAUUUACUACAGAACAAGUCCCUUGAGCAACAUCGGUCAUCGCGUAACCAACACCGCGGUGCCUGGGAUACUGUCGAACGGUGUGCCAGACUGGUUAUACGAAGAGGAGAUAUUGCACAGCGCGGAGGCGAUCUGGAUGUCAUCGGACGGCCACAUGAUGCUUUACGCUUCGUUUAACGAUUCCCUCGUGGAGGAGAUGCACAUUUCGUGGUUUGGGGAGGGCAAUAAGGCACUGUACCCUGAUAUACGAUCCUUACGGUACCCAAAGCCUGGAACGCCGAAUCCUUCGGUACGAUUGUACGUUGCCGAUCUAGUCGACCCGAGUAACAUCCAUACGAAGGUAGUGAAACCGCCACCUAUCAUCGAGCAUGUGGAUCAUUACUUCUCGACUGCCUCCUGGGUGUCCCUGACAGAAGUCUGCAUAACGUGGUUGACGCGCGCCCAGAAUCUUUCGGUGGUGACUAUUUGCAAAAGUCCGAUGUGGCACUGUCAGGAAAUACAAAGGAUAACGGGCGAUGGUCGUGGAUGGGUCGAUACCCCUCCGGAGGCUCCUCUCUUUUCGACAAACGGCAGCAGUUACGUCGCGAUCAGUCCUGUGAAAGACGGACCGGCGGGAUAUUAUAAGCAUAUAAUCUGGACGAAUGUACUCCGCAAACAGAUAGUGCCUUUGACGCAUGGCAAAUUCGAAGUCGUCAGGAUUUUAGUAUGGGACCAAACGAAUAAUACUAUAUAUUUCAUCGGUAUUCCAUCCAUGAGGCCGGGCCAAAGACACCUGUAUCGCGUAAGCUCCACUUUGCCACGCAUGGGAUCACCUCUGCAUCCUCCCGUGUGCCUCACGUGCACCAUCUCGCCACCCGGCGUGGCGGGCGACGACGAAAACGGCCACUGGAUCGGUUCCCCAAAUCGGCAGAAUGGUCCGACCGCGCGGAGCGAUUGGCAGGACGAUUACGAGACUCAGACGGACAGUACCGACAAUAAGGAGCACCGUCAACCCUCCAAAAAGGACAAGUCGAAAAGCAAGAAUAUCUCGAAUUGUGACGUUCUUUCUUUCUCCUCGGAUACGGAUGAGACACAACAACAUCCUAAAGAGGACAAUAGUACCGACGCCUGGUGCCGAUGGUGCGGCAUUCUCGAAUCCACAGCCUUCUUCUUUUGUGUACCGUUUUCUUGCCGUCUUGAGUGUGUGAGUGCUGACAGAGAGAGACGGACGGUAUCCACGAGUAAUCAAUCAGGUAGAGACGAGGACGGCGAGCCGCCCUGUCAAUAUCACAACGCCAUCUUCCCGCCCGACGGUCUCGAGUACUUUGUCCUCGAGUGCCUCGGACCUGGUGUGCCCACCGUCAGCUUGUAUAAAACGGAGAUGCCCGCACCGCGACUUAUCUCCAUGUUGCAGAACAACACGGUGUUGCGCAAAAGAGUAGGAAACAUCGCGCUACCGCAGGUAAAAACGUUUCCCGUGCAGAUAAGCGGCGGGUACAACGCCCAGGUGAGACUGCAUCUACCGCCUGGGCUCAGAGAAGACGAGAUUACGCGCUAUCCGUUGGUCGUUCAGGUGUACGGCGCUCCCGGGUCGCAACUAGUCACUGAGAUGUUCAAGGUGGAUUGGAACACGUAUUUAGCCAGUCGGAAGAACGUCAUUGUCGCGCAGAUUGACGGCAGAGGAAGCGGUGGGCAAGGUUACAAGUUACUCCACGAGGUUUACUACAGGCUAGGUUCCGUGGAAGUGGCCGAUCAACUCGAAGUCAUCGAAUAUUUACGAGACUCUCUGCACUUUGUGGACAAGCGGAGAGUGGCUGUUUGGGGCUGGAGCUACGGCGGUUUUGUCGCCGCUCUCGUUUUGGCUCAUCCGGAACAGAAUGUGUUCCAGUGCGGUAUAAGCGUCGCACCUGUCGUCUCCUGGGAGCUUUACGAUUCCGCGUACGCCGAGAGAUAUAUGGGGCUACCGAACGUGACGUCGAAUUACAAAGGCUACGCUGAAUCCAACGUUUACGACAAAGUCGAGCAUCUGCACGACAAGAUGUUUUAUUUGGUGCAUGGGACUGCGGAUGACAACGUCCAGUUCCAGCAGUCCAUGGCGCUUGCCCGUCAUCUCGCUAAGAAAGGCAUACUCUUUCGGCAGCAGGUCUACCCAGACGUGAGCCACACUUUGGCGGGCGUGAAGGAACAUUUGUACCUCUCGAUGGCGCAGUUCUUGGAGGACUGUUUCCAGAAACAAGUACCUGUUGACACGAAAGCCGGGCUCGGCAGCGGCGGCUCUGGCGGCGUGUAGUGAUGCGCAUUAAAAAAAAAAAAACAAAAAGAUGACGAUAAUUAUUAAAGAUUAUUAAUAUGGCGAAGUUACGUAAGAAAGGAAAAAAACAAAGAAAAGGCAAGCAAAAAAGAACGUGAAAAAAAAAAAAGAUCUAAAUAUCUCCAAAUUGUGUUCCGUUUAAUA